AUGGCCGAGUUCCCGUCGAAAGUGAGCACGCGGACAAGCAGCCCCGCGCAGGGCGCCGGUCCCUCCGCCUUGUCGCUUCGCCCGGACCUGGGCUUCGUGCGCUCCCCCAUCGGUGCGCUCAUGCUGCUGCAGCUGGUGCUGGGACUGCUGGUGUGGGCCCUAAUUGCUGACACUCCACACUACCUGUACCCAGCCUAUGGCUGGGUGAUGUUCGUUGCUGUCUUUCUCUGGCUGGUGACAAUCAUUGUCUUCACCCUCUACCUGUCUCAGCUGCACAUGAAGUUUGACAUGGUGCCCUGGCCGCUGGUGUUACUGAUCUUUAAUGUUGGUGCUACCACCCUUUAUAUCACGGCCUUCAUCACCUGUUCCGCUUCAGUUGAGCUGACAUCCCUGAAGGGCACCCAGCCGUAUAACCAGCGUGCAGCUGCUUCCUUUUUUUCAUGUUUAGUGAUGAUUGCCUAUGGAGUGAGCGCCUUCUUCAGCUUCCAGGCCUGGCGAGGAGUGGGCAGCAACGCAGCCACCAGUCAGAUCGCUGGCAGCUAUGCCUAA